AUGUUUAUAUUUCCUGUUAUAUUAUCGGACGAUAGGAUACUAGUACUUAAAAUGGAAUUACCGUUCGAUCCAUUUCUUUCGCCAAUUUAUGAGACCGUUUGUACAGUACAACUUAUAGAGGAAAUUGCAUUUGCCGCUACGUCUGGUAUGCUCAAUGCCGUAAUCGUGACUAUGAUAUUACACGUAGGUGGUCAGAUAGAUGUGAUGUGUCAAGAAAUAAAGGACAUGUUCGAUCAAUUUCAAAAGGACGAAACGUCGCGUUUGAAAACGUUGAAAUAUUUGAUAGUUAAACACGAUAGAAUAAUAUUGUUUUCGAAUUAUAUAGAGGACAUGUUCACUUAUAUAGCCUUGUUACAAUUUUUUUCCAACACCAUGGCCAUAUGUUUCUCAGGAUUCGUCAUAAUGAUCUCUAUGGACACCGACGAGGCCAGUGCUAUAUUAGGAAAAACUGUUCCAUAUUACGUGAUAAUUAACAUCGAAGCUUUCAUUCUCUGUUAUAUCGGCGAAUACCUCAGUUCAAAGAGUCUAACUAUCGCAGUAGCAGCAUACAAUUUUCAAUGGUACGAAUUGAAUUCUAAAGAGAAUAGAUAUAUUUUGUUACUGAUACUUCGAGGACAAAAGAAAUUGACCAUCACGGUUGGCAAGUUUUUGGAUUUGUCUCUGGAAAGUUUUGCCAGUAUCUUGAAAGCAUCGGCAUCUUAUGGAUCGGUAUUACACGCGAUGUAUUAAACACUGUAAGAAUUUAAAUCUAGUGUAAUAAAGAUUUAUCGUAUAUACGAAGUAGUGUAAAACGACGAUUAGAGAUUGACGUGAUCGAC